UAAGUUCUAAGUUCCGUAUGCACUUUUAACUUAAUUUCGUUACUGAUGUGAUUGAUGUAAUCAUGUUGAACAUGUGACAAUUGUGACACUAUCUGCUAUUAGAAUAGUAGAAUUAAUAAUCAGUAAAGUUAAACUCAAUCUAUCGUUAUUUUUUUUCCAAUUUUCAAUUUUUCAAGGGUAUUGACACGCGGGAUCGCGCGUAAUGUUAUUCCAUCACAAAGAGUAGUAAUGCCUACUCUAACAGUUGGAUUAUUAAAUAAAAAAAGGUUUACUUCUGCGACAAAUCCUGAUAAAGCUGCUGCCGUUGAAACUAUAACGCAAACUCUCGUAUCUCCUUCACCUGUUUCUUUAGGGUUUGAGGAGACCGAAGUUAAAAAAGGAUCUCGUCCUAUUUAUUUAGAUAUGCAAGCUACAACACCCACGGAUCCUCGUGUUCUUGACGCAAUGAUGCCAUAUUUAACACAACAAUAUGGAAACCCACAUUCUAGAACUCAUGCAUAUGGUUGGGAAGCUGAAAAAGCUAUUGAUAUGGCUCGUCAACAUGUGGCCAAUUUAAUAGGAGCAGAUGCUAAGGAUAUUAUUUUUACAUCAGGUGCAACUGAAUCGAAUAACUUGGGUAUCAAAGGAGUUGCUCGAUUUUAUAAAGCUAAAAAAAAACAUAUUAUCACGACUAUUAUUGAACAUAAAUGUGUACUUGACUCAUGUCGCGUUUUAUCUGAAGAAGGAUUCGAUGUCACAUAUUUACCGGUUCAAAAAUCUGGUCUUAUUGAUUUAAAUCAAUUAGCAGAAACUAUUCGACCAGACACAUCAAUCGUAUCCAUCAUGACAGUGAAUAAUGAAAUUGGAGUAAUACAACCAAUUGAAGAGAUUGGUAAAAUUUGUCGUUCCAAAAAAGUAUUUUUCCAUACAGAUGCUGCUCAAGCAGUCGGAAAAAUUCCAUUGGAUGUCAAUAAGAUGAAUAUCGAUUUAAUGAGUAUCUCGGGUCAUAAGAUUUACGGACCGAAAGGGAUUGGUGCUUUGUAUUGUAGGAGAAAACCUAGAGUUAGAGUCGAAGCUUUACAAAGUGGUGGAGGACAAGAGAGGGGAUUAAGAAGUGGAACUGUUCCUACACCUAUAGUAGUAGGAUUGGGUGAAGCUUGUCGAAUCUCUAAGGAAGAAAUGCAGUAUGAUGCAAACCGUAUCGACCGUCUUUCGAAAAGAUUAAUUGAUGGAAUUACAUCGAAAGUAAAUCAUGUAGUUCGUAAUGGUGAUCCCAAUGCAACAUAUCCAGGAUGUGUUAACCUUUCAUUUGCAUAUGUUGAAGGAGAAUCACUUUUAAUGGCUCUUAAAGAUAUAGCACUUUCAUCUGGUUCAGCGUGUACAUCAGCUUCAUUGGAACCUUCUUAUGUAUUACGUGCAUUAGGAGCAGAUGAUGAUAUGGCACAUUCUAGUAUCAGAUUUGGUAUAGGAAGGUUUACUACUGAAAGAGAAGUUGAUUUUGUUGUUGAUAGAGUAGUAAACCACGUGGAUAGAUUGAGAGAAAUGUCACCUCUUUGGGAGAUGGUUCAAGAAGGUAUUGAUCUCAAAUCGAUCAACUGGUCUCAACAUUAAAUCAAUGUUGACAUUACGAAUAUCACCGGUGAAAAAAAAAAA